CCAAACCCUGAAAUCCGGGGUCACGGCACCCAGAACGCUACCCGCAGGACUCGAAAAGUAAGCGUUCUCCUUCGUCGAACGCAAUAACAAAUAUAUACUCACAGACAUUUUAUUUCUUUCGCUUUCUUUCAGCCUUCUGGAAGCGAUGAAAGGGAACCACUGCUUUCUAAAGACAAAGGUCAAGAGGUAAAAAAAAUGCUUACGCCAGUAUUACUUUGGCACCAGUUUUCCUGUCUGGAAAGCAAAAACAAUCAUCUGGUUAAAAACUCAAGUAAAUUAAGGCAUGGGUCAACAGCAAAAAAAUGAAGGGGGUGGUCUAUAAAUCAGGAGCCGAUAAGUAAUCGGCUCCUGAUAAUAUGAACUGUUUAUAACGAAGCCCAACUACCACCAAAUAUUAUGAAUCAGAAAAAAUUAUACUUCAGAACACACAAAUAUGAUGCAAAUUAGGACACGUGACCUCACUAUACAGCUCCACAAAGUCUGAAAAAAUCUUUAAGAAAAAAUUGGCACACUUCUCAGCAAGAGUUAUUUUAUUUAACUGGUACAAGAAAAUAGAAAAUAUAAGCCGCUACAAAACUGCACUUAGCAACUUUGAUAUAUCUCUUUAUUUUGAAAAUAAACGGGUUUUCUGACUAGUAUCCAGUCUCUCAAUAUACUUUUCCUUUAAAAAAUCUUGACAUUGCCAAGCGCAGAAAUGACAUAUCUAACGGCCUUAAAAGCAUGAAACCAGUAGAAAAAUUAAUUAAUGGAACAAGAAAAAGUGUGCCCAUUUUAGUUCAAAGCUUUUCUGGGCGUGGCGAGUCACAUGACCUCAUUUGCAUAUUUGGUGCAGGCCAAGUUACACUGUUCACAGUCCUUUAUUUUUCCGUGAGAUCUUCGAGAUCGAGCGCUUUGCGUUACGGGCUGCCAUCUUGCAUGAGUGUCAAAACUACUUCGGGGGCGGGGACGGUUUGGGAGAAAGCGAGAAAAAUAGGGGGACUGUAAUAACAUCACUGCAGCUCGCGUUCAGGAGGCGUGACAGGAAUUUCACGCCUUUUACCAUUCAUUAAUUAAGAAACUCCGCUGCUGAUGAAAAACACAUUUAGCAUCGAUUACGCGUGUUUACAAAUAUCUCCUUGCGAAACAGUGAUUUUAUGUUUCUAGGCCAUUCCUCGAAAUAAAAUGGGCAAACAUGCACAAGAAAACAUUUUCCUAAUCAAAAUACCAAAAAUCCUUCGUGUGAAAGAAGGAUUAGGCACAUCUUGCGCAAGAUGUGCCUUAUGGUAUGAAAGCGUACAGUUUAUGGAAACGUCGACUUGUCAACGACUUGUCAAUGUCGGCAACUUCGAUUAAACCCGUUGUCAACACAAAUUAGCAUCUAUUGUCUAAUGACCAAUCAAACGCCUGCGUUGCUGGUACAACGUGCUUCGUGAACGCGACCUGCCGUGAUGUUAUUACAAUCCCUCUAUUUUUCUCGCCCUCCCCCCCCCCCCCCCCCCCCCCCCCCACUCCCCCCCCCCCCCCCCCCCCCCACCCUCCCUCUAACAUCCUAACUCUUUUCCCACUCUGCAAGGUUUCGAUAAAACUCGUAUUUUUUUUUGACUUGAUAGAAAAUAAUAUAAUUGGUGGUUAAUAUGCCAGUAUAUAGAUCAGUAUUGGGCUGUUUUCUCUUGUGUUGUAUUCACCCCCCCCCCCCCCCCCCCCCCCCGAGCUAUAAUCCCCGACGCGCGCCCCCUCGGUACAUUUGAAAAUCAAGAUAUCCGUGACGGUAAGACGCGAUAUAUCUAAACGAUCUCACGAAAAAAUAGGGGACUGUGAACAGUCUAAGGCCAAGUAGACAAAAACUAGCAGUGUAUGUGUCUGACAAGUUCUCAACCUGCUACUGCUAAUGGAUCGAAAGAUAGACCACCCCCUCACUUUUCGACUUAAUAACUGGCGACCCAUGCCUUAAUUAACUUGAGAAGCUUCUGCUUUCACGAGGACCCCUAGUUAUCAGUUUUGCUUGUAACUGUCAAGUGCUACCCUCUCCACUCCCGUCCACUCUCCACGAGUCUCCUGUAGUUAUGUGGUAGAGCACCUGGACUACUAAACAGAGGGUCAUAGGUUCGACUCCUGUUGAGAGAACUUGGAUCAGAUUUAUAUCCUAGUCGCCUUUGUCACUGAGUGAAGAUACAUCACUGCUCAUAGUUAUCAACGGGCUGAAAAUUAAAACGACCAAAUUGCCGCUUUCUAUCUUUCUUUCGAUUUGCCUUUGUUUAAGACGCGGAUUUAACGAAGUUAUAAUCAACUUUUUCAGAAACCACUAAAAAGCCCACUACUUAAAAACCAAAGAAAUGCUCCAGAUGGAUCUGAAUCUGAUUACGAAGACAGCAUCCAUUCCCUCCGGGCAACACCAGUUUCUGAAUCUCAACCUACUGUUGUCCCUGACGUAGAAGUCAAACCUGCUCCACGGGAGCCCAAAAGUUUGAAAAACGAAUCCAACGGAAGAUCAUCGGGGAAGUCGAAAGGAGCCGAAAGUAAGCCGAAAGGCACGGAAGGCAAAUCAAAAGACGUCGAAAGUAAGCCGAAAGGCGCCGAAGGUACUAGCGAGAAGAAGAGCAAACUUCUUGACUUCAAAAAGUUCGACAUUAUUGAGCUAGACUGCAUCUUCGACGAUUUCAAAACAACGUUCGACCCAUUUGUUCAAAACCGUGAAGAUUUAGAAAAGAGCGAGGACUCCUUUAAGAAAGCUGUGCAAUCUUUUGGAGAAAUCCACCCCAAGGCAAGCAUCGGUGAAUAUGUAGCUGCACUAAAGACGAAGCUUAAAGAUGAGAAGAUAACAGUGAAGAUAAAGCAAGGCGCUUUGACCAUCUACGAACAGGGCGGGGCAAUAGUAAAAGGGAUUUCGGAUGCGGUUACUGCUGUUAAUGCCAUUCUUAAAUUGGGGAAAGAUUUGAAAGCGAUGCCGCUGACUAUUCAAAAGGGAACCGAUGACGCGGUUGACCGGGCAGAAGGCCUGGAUGUUCAGGACAUUUUAAAGCGAGAAUUUAAGAGUGUUUGGGAUUUCGGAAAGAUUCCGAAAUUGAAAAAAGCGUUCAGCAACAAUGUGGAACAGAUCAGAGGUGCUCCUAAAAUGGUGCGAGACUUCUACCGCAAAACGAAAGAGAUCAUUUUGGAAAUUUAUCAUGCGUUUGCUGAUGAAGAAGAUAAAAAGAAAAUGCAAGAGGAUCUGGCCGAAGGUGAUGAGGGCAAUUCGAAUGAAGAGGAGACAUCCGAGGGGAAAGGAAAGAAAAAGGAUGAGGGCGGCGCUACUGGAAAAAGUGAAAAAAAGAAAGAGAAGAAGAAAGAUGAAUUUCACAAAAAGUUGAAGUUUGAAUCCGUGGGGCUUGCUGAUAUCGAUAGCGUAUUUAUUUCACUAGCCUCAGCCAUUAAUCCGUUCGUGGAGACACGUGAACGCAUUCAAGCCGCGCGGGAAUCCUUUGAAAACGUCGUGAAGACCGUUUGCAAGUUUGAUGCAAAGAAGGAGUUUAAGGAUUACAUCAAAGAGUUGAAAAAGAACGCCAAGGAGGGAAACAUAACAAUCUUCAUCGACGAGGAGGAUGGUGAGAUAAAGGUGAAGUCCAUUAAAGGCGUCAAGCCUCCCAAGCCUUACCGUGAUGCAGUGGAAGCACUCAAGAACAUAAAGCUCUCUGGAAAAGAAGCUGUGGAACUAGAACCGCACGUGCAGGACGGCGUUGAAAAAUGCGUGGAUAGAAUAAAAGCAAUUGAUCCACAGCGUGACUUCCAUAGCCUCCUUAAGACAAAGACAGCUGUGUUCUCACUGCCAGGCAAGAUAAAGAAAUUCAACGACAAUCGGAAAAAGGCGCAGGAAAUUCCAGGCAUUGUCAAAGAAUUCUGUUUAUAUGUGGAACAGCUUGUUAGAGAUAUAUUGGAAGCUCUAACGGGUGAAAAGGAAGAGAUAGAAGAAAAGAAAGAAGACAGCGACGACGAAAAAAGCAACGGUGAGCGAAAACGAUCAGAGGAAACAAAAGCAGAGGACAAAGGCGAGAAGGGCAAUGACGUGGAAAGAAAAGACGAAAGCACUGACAAAAUGAAAGGCCAGUUUGGCGAAAAAGAAGAAGACAAGAGUUUAGAAGCUCAAGACGAACCAGAGAAGAACGAGUAUGAAGCUAGCGAGCAUGUCAAGGGUGAGGAGUUUGAGAAGUCUGGCGAGAGAAGAGAUGAAUACGGUGGCGAAAAGAAAGUCCAGGAAGGCCAAAAAGCGGAGGACUAG